AUGUGCAGAACAUCAGCUAAAAGAAUUUUAGAGAUAGACACAUUUAUUAUGAAUAAAAGUGUUCUUAAGAAGAUAUGGAACCAUCCUAUCACAAACUAUCUAAAAGGUCAAUGGUUUUUUUAUUGCUUAGCUGUGUUUAUUGUCAUUGCUAGGUUUGCUCCAAAUUUUGCAAGAGAUGGUGGUUUAAUUAAAGGUGAAUAUAGUAUCGGUUAUGGAGCAGUUGCAUGGAUAUUUUUACAAAGUGGCUUGAGUAUGAAAACAAAUGUGCUAGCUGCAAAUUUAUAUAACUGGAGAGCUCAUCUGGUUAUACUUGUUAUCAGCUUCCUAGUCACGUCGUCUAUCGUAUUUGGUUUUGCUGCUGCCAUCAAAUAUUCGAAUGAUCCGUUGAUUGACGACUGGGUUUUAAUUGGACUGAUUUUGACUUCCACUUGUCCAACAACAGUAGCAUCAAAUGUUAUAAUGACUGCUGAAGCAGGUGGUAAUGAUAUUUUAUGCGUGUGUGAAGUUUUUAUAGGGAACCUACUGGGAGCUUUCGUUACCCCUGCAUUAGUUCAACUUUAUACAUCUGCUUCUUUAUUUAAAUAUGGUAAUCCAGCUUCGGGUGGGGGAAUAGCUGCCUUGUACAGAAGAGUCAUUAAACAAAUUGGACUGUCAGUGUUUGUACCUUUAUUUGUUGGACAAGUAAUUCAAAAUGUCUGGCAAAGGUAUACACAGAUAUACUUGAAUUUCCUAAAAAAAUAUCAUAUUAAAAUUGGCUCAUACAUGUUGUUGUUGAUUAUGUUUAACUCAUUCUCGACAGCAUUUUACCAACAUUCAUUCACAUCGGUUUCUCAUGUCUGUAUAAUAUUUUUGUGCUUUUUUAACCUUGGAUUGUACCUUUUUUUUACAGGUAUUUGCUAUUUAUUUGCUCGACCAUGGUUCAUCAUUAAAAUAUUUAAAGAAAAAUACGAUGAUAACUCUUCGAAACUUUAUAAGUACUCCUACAAGUUGUUUAGACCUUUCUAUUAUUCAAAGGAAGAUACAGUUUGCAUAAUGUUCUGUGGAGCAGCUAAAACUGCUGCAUUGGGUGUUUCUUUAGUUACUGCGCAAUAUGCAGACGAUAAAUCGAAUUUAGGAAAGCUAUUAGUACCGCUUGUGUUAUACCAAAGUGAGCAAGUGAUAGUGGCAAGUUGGUGUGUUCCUUUAUUCAAGCACUGGAUAGAGAAAGAUAAGAAGGUAUCAUUAGAUGCAGAGAGUUCCUUGGUAACCAAUUCUCAGCUUACAAUCCAUGACGAAUCCUCACUAGAUUCUCGAAAACAAUAA